CUUUCUUUUAGCAAGACCUUGUGUCGACAUAUUAUUUCCUAUCACCAUCUUCAUCUUCGUGUUCCAAGAACGUGAUGGAAUCAAGAAGUCUCCACACAACUGUGAGAAUUCAGCUCCAACCAGACAGACACGUAGCAGUAGCAGUAGCAGUAGCAGCAUUAAAUCAAUUCAUGGUUGAAAUUAUUAAGCCCCACAGUGGUUGGAUUCAUCCCACGCACACAAAUACCUCUUUAUCUCUCUCUCGGUCUUCUUUCCCCCUAAACUUUGUCUCUAAUGUUGUGGCCUCUUCAAUCUUCAUUACAAACGGCUCCAAACCUAAACAAGAAACGAAAAGUCAAAAUACACACACUCGUUUCACAUGCCUUCUUUCUUUAAAACUCACAACAAUCACACUCACUCCCUCCCUCCAUUAAUGCCCAUUCUCACUCAGAACACAAAUAUUAAGCACUGGUAGAUAAUCCAAAACAGAACCAGAAGAAGAAGAAGAAGUAAUGGAUUUUAGUUCAUUUCUCACGUCUCUAGCGACGUCGUUUUUGAUAUUCGUUGUGCUCAUGUUUCUCUUCACCUGGCUCUCCCGGAAACCCGGCAACCACGUCAUCUACUACCCGAAUCGGAUCCUCCGAGGACUCGACCCGUAUGAGGGUAUGCGGGCCACCCGCAACCCCCUCGCCUGGAUCCGGGAAGCCCUAGCUUCCACCGAGGCCGACGUUGUCAGAACUUCCGGCGUCGACACCGCCGUCUACUUUGUCUUCCUCAAUACUGUGUUGGGGAUUUUCGUUCUGUCUGGCCUUCUCCUUCUGCCGGUACUACUUCCGGUGUCUUCCACUGCUCGAUUCCGCAUAGAUUACGACGAGAGCACCAGUCAAGGAACCUUUAACAACCUCGACAAAUUAUCCAUGGCGCACAUUCAACCUAAGAGCCGUCGAUUGUGGGCAUUCGUAGCAGCAACCUAUUUGGUUUCUGCAAUCACAUACUCCCUGCUAUGGAAGGCAUACAAACAUGUCUCCAAUCUAAGGGCUGCUGCACUCAUGUCACCCGACGCAAAACCCGACCAAUUCGCCCUCCUCGUCCGCGACAUUCCUCCUGUCCAAAAAGGACAAACUAGAAAACAACAGGUCGAUUCCUAUUUCAGAACAAUCUAUCCAGACACCUUCUACAGAUCCAUGGUGGUCACUACGAACAACAAGGUCGAUAAGAUUUACCAAGAGCUGGAUGGAUACAAGAAGAAGCUAGAACGUGCAGAAGUGAUAUACUCCGAAUCCAAAACGACGGCAAAGCCGGAAGGAUCAAGGCCAACUACUAAAACAGGAUUCCUCAGCCUGAUUGGUAAGAAUGUCGAUGCAAUAGAUUACUAUGAUGCUAAGAUAAAGAAGUUGAUCCCGAAGCUCGAAUCCGAGCAAAAGGCCACUCUAAAAGACCGGCAGCGAUCCGCUGCCAUCAUCUUCUUCAACAACAGGGUAACUGCAGCUGCAGCCUCGCAGAGUCUGCACGAUACAAUGGUCGAUAAUUGGACAGCAAUGGAUGCUCCUCAGGCCCGGGAUUUGAUAUGGUCGAAUCUUCCUAAGAAUUUCUACGAAAGGCUGAUCCGGCAGUACAUCAUAUAUUUUAUUGUGCUCUUGACCAUAUUCUUUUACAUGGUGCCAAUUGGCUUCAUCUCUGCACUGACCACGCUCGAUAACUUGAAGAAGCUUCUCCCGUUCUUGAAACCGGUAGUCGAACAACCUCUAAUCAAGACGGUGCUGGAGGCGUAUUUACCGCAGAUUGCGCUUAUUGUGUUCUUGGCUCUGUUGCCGAGUUUUCUAUUGUUCUUGUCGAAGGCUGAGGGCAUUCCUACUCGGAGCCAUGCAGAGAGGGCUGCGGCUGGAAAGUACUUCUAUUUUUCGGUCUUGAACGUUUUUAUCGGGGUCACGUUAGGUUCGACACUUUUUGAUACGUUUAAGGAGAUUGAAGAGCACCCAAAAUCGAUAAUCACUAUACUUGGAAAUAGCCUUCCCGGGAGCGCUACGUUCUUCUUGACUUUUGUGGCUUUGAAGUUCUUUGUUGGGUACGGGCUCGAGCUAUCGCGACUAGUUACUUUAGUGUUGUUUCAUUUGAAGAAGAAGUAUCUCUGUAAGACGGAGGCCGAAGUGAAAGAAGCGUGGGCACCAGAGGAUCUCGGGUACUCGACUAGAAUCCCGAAUGAUAUGCUGGUCGUUACGAUUGUUCUUUGCUAUUCGGUGAUAGCACCGGUGAUUAUUCCGUUUGGUGUGGUCUACUUCGGAUUGGGAUGGGUUCUUCUUCGUAAUCAGGUCCUGAAAGUUUAUGUUCCUUCUUACGAGUGCUACGGGAGAAUGUGGCCGCACAUCUUUAUCCGGAUCAUGGCUUCGUUGAUCCUCUAUCAGAUCACGAUGCUCGGAUACUUUAUAACGAAGGAAUUCAUCUACACUCCGAUCCUGAUCCCGCUCCCUGUGAUGUCGUUCAUCUACAUGUAUGUUUGUAAGAAGAAAUUCUACCGGUUCUUCACGUGCACGGCGCUUGAGGUCGCUGCGCACGAGGUGAGCGCAGCUCCGAACAUGGAGGCCGUGUUCCGGUCGUUCGUUCCGCCGUGCCUCAGCACGGAGAAACCCGAUGGCCAUCAAUUUGAGGAUGCUUUCUCUCUUAUUUCUGCAAAUGGUUCAGUUGCUUGAUGUUGAUGCCUUCCUCUAAUCCAUCUUCUUCCAUAGCCCUUUUGGUCUCGUCGUAGGUUAUUAUCUUGUUAUGUACUACAAUGUAUAUUAUGUGUUAUGUUUAUGCUUCCUGUUGGGUCUAAGAAUUGACAUGCAAUCAAAUUUAUUUAAAGCAA